AUGGAGCGCACCGAAGUGAUCGACGUGACGGACGAGCGCCCCAAGCGCCGCCGCGAGUCGCCCGACGGGGAGCCGCGACGCACUCUCCGGCGCACCACAGGCCGCGUGCUGUUCGCCGACGUGAUGGCGCAGGAGCGCGAGAUGGAGCGCCUGACCUACGCGAAGAGUCGGUACCAGCAGCUGCGCACGGGCGAACGGGGCGGAUCGCCGGCCAAGCGGUCGAAGCAGAAGCGCGCGGAAGAGCGGCGAUCGGCGCGGCAGAAGCUGCGGCGCCCGUUAAGUGCGCCGGUCGCCGACGGUGGUGGGCCCAUGUCACUCGAGCGAGGGAGUCGAGGCAGCGAGCUUGGCUGGGAGGCCUCUGGUCUGGGGGACAGCAGCGGGGCCGCCUGUCUGCGCCCGCAUCGCAAGGGGUCGUCGACACACGGCCUCUUGGACGUGACGCUGCACUCGACUGCGUGGCGGAACGUAAAGGUCGAAGCUGCGCCCGUGAACGUGUUGCCGGAUCGAGACGGUCUGUUGCGGCCGUUCGCGUGGGAGCUGGACGUUGCGCUGGACGAGUUUGACGCGCACGUGAAGAGCGCGUGUCGCUUGUCGACGGACUUUUGGCAGCCGAAGCCGUUGAGUGUGAUGUCGGGGACGUUGGCCGAGGCUCGUGACCGUGAGCAGAUGGACGAUCGAGUGCAAAAGGUGAUUGACGAAGCGACGGUACUGGUCCGAGCAAGUCAUGCGGCAAGGGUCAAGACGAUUAUUGGCCAUACGCGGCAGCAGAUUGCAGCGUACUUGGAAGAUCGACCUGUUGUGCGUGCCAAGAUAAUGGCGUCGAUUGUUGGACGUUCGCUUCGGAUCACGAGGCUGGAAAAAGUUGCUACAAGAGCACUGCUCCGGACUGCAGAGGGUUUGCUGGGCGAUGAGGAACGACCGUCGUACUCGGUGGGACGGAGUGAGUCUGGCUACAGUACUGAGCUGCAUCCUAUCACAGUGACGCAUCUCAGCAAAAUGGCGGCUGCCCCACGCUCAACAGCUUGCAUGUUGGUGCGCGGCACGCACCGAGUCGAGGACGAUCCAAUCAUUCGGUUUGUGCCGUACUUUGGUGAUGAAGGUAGCGACAACAAGGCGAGGGAGCCCCAUAUCAGCUCUUUUGAGCAGUGCAAGGAUACACUUGUGGGUAUGGAUGACGAGAUAAAGGAGUUCGUCUUACGGUAUGCUGUGCAUACUUGUGGGAGCGGCCAAGACGCUUUUGAGGCGCUCAAACGAAUUGGUGCAUUUUCGCAACCGUUGGCAAACUACUCUGAUAUUCUCGCCCGUGGGAUGCAAAAUCAAUUGUGGAAGCGACAUUUGCACGAACUGGAAGCGCGUCUGAACAACGGCGACAUUUCUGGUCCCAAGAAACGUGCGAUUGCUGCUAUUCUCGACACGUGCCGCGCAUUGCAACCGGUACCAGCGCCACUGAUAUUGAAAUGCUUGCAGCCCGCAGAAGAUCUAGGUAUGCGGAGCGCUCCAUCUCAGCAAUAUCGUGAACUAGCGACCAAGUAUCAAGAAUUUUUCUGCCGCCGCUGCUGCGUGUACAGCUGCCGAAAUCACGGUCGCCAUCAGCCUGUUCCGGUCAUGCGCGUCGACCCACGCUAUCCCCUGGUGAAGGCUUCUUCGAUAUUGUGGCGACGCGUGGAGAAAGAGCAGCUGCGUUUGGCCGAAAACAUUGAUGUAGAAAUGGACGAUGAAGAGAAUUUUGCAUCUGAUGAGCCGGUGUCCGAGCCGGCGCCUCAUGUUUCCCCCAUUAAAGCAGAAAAUGAUGUAACAAGUAAUACAGCAAGUGCUGCUGGAGGUGACUUUCCGCAGCGAUCGAUGCGUGCUCGAACGGCUGCUAGUACGAAAGCAUCAUCGAUUCUGAAUGCAGGUCGUGUUCCGACAAAAAAGAUGGUGCGUUGCAGAACUACAGACGUGUCAGAAUACUUAGGACUUGAUGGCACGUACCAAGCAAUCACGCAAGAUAGAAAGCUGGAAUUAUUGUCUACCGAAUAUCGAUGCGGUGCUUAUUGCUCGAAGCCAGCAGCAGAUACUGCUUCGUGCGAAGAAGCCCGUGGUUUUCGUGGCACAGUGGAAGAAAAGCCGUGGAAAGACUCAGAAGUUGCAUUGCUGAACAAACUCGAGAGUUGUAUCGGUUUUAGCGCGUGCGCCUUAGCUGCGUUGCUUCACUCACGAAGCUGCAUCGAUGUUGCCCAUUUCAUACAAGAACGAAACCGACAAGCGCGAGAUGAUCGCUACGAACUUGGCGUAUUGCGAAAUGAUGUCUAUGGGCGGAACCGAGAAAGGAGUAAUGGAGCUUUUGGCAACAGUUACGAGCACCUUCGCCGCACGCGUGCCCAGCGAAUGAAGGAUCGCGGUGCGAAUCACGAGUAUAUUCCUUGCAACCAUGACGGCGGCUCUUGCGACUCGGCACAAUGCUCGUGCAUGCGUCGCGACCACUACUGCGAAAAGUCGUGCGGGUGCUCCGUCGAUUGCUCCAAUCGUUUUCCUGGAUGUCAUUGCGAAGCGGGCCAGUGUCGGGCUUUCGACUGUCCAUGCUAUUUUGCGGGGAGGGAGUGCGAUCCAGACGUUUGUACUUCGUGCGGAGCGAGCGAGCUUCCAGUUGUCGUGUUUGACGACGAAAGCAAAGACAAGACUGCAGCACAGCUCCGAAUCUGCGGAAACGUGAACAUUUUGCGCGGCAAGAUGAGCAAAAUCGGGAUCUCAGCGUCAGAAACCCAUGGAUGGGGAGCAUACGCGCUAGAGAACGUGGAGAAGGGUGAGUUCAUGUAUGAGUACACUGGCUCGUUGUUGUCCCAAGACGAAGCAGAACGGCGAGGCAACGUAUACGACAAGACGACGAUCAGUUUUCUCUUUGAUUUGACGGAAGAUUCCGUCGUGGAUGCUACGCGCAAGGGCAACAAAAGCAAGUUUGCUAACCACGACUCGACGCGGCCGAAGUGUUUUGCCCGAAUUAUGUUUGUCAAUGGAGAUCAUCGUAUUGGUAUUUAUGCGAAGGAAGAUAUUGCAGCUGGAGACGAAUUAUUCUUUGACUACGGAUAUAGUGGUGUUGUUCCUGACUGGAGCCAAGCACGCAUCGGGUCCAGUAAGAGUGAUGCGUCGACGAAAGCGGGCGAUGACGCCGAAAUAGCUUUGAUCGACGCGAAGGAAGAAAAUAGACUGAAUUAA